AUGGACGACAUCCUCAGCUUCCACGCAACUGAGACUACUGUAGGCGAUCCCGAGUUCGUCAAAGUUUACGAGGACCAUGACCUCCCUCUGACGUCCCAACAGCUAACUACUCAGGACGUUGUAUUUGUACUUGGCGUUGAGGUCUGUGAUUGUGGUACACGUUUGCGGUACCCGACAAAAGGGAUCCAUACUGCUGUUACUUGGCCCUUGACAACCCCAGUCACUUAUCGGCAAGCAUUGGGAUUCCUUGGUAGCCUCCUCCAAGAAGCUGACCUUCUUCCUUACCACAUCCUGCCGUGUAAGAAUCUUCUCACCGGUCUUGUCAGCAAAUGCCGGUCCGAGCUUGAUCGCGGAUGGGAUCAGGCCAUCCCGGCUGAUGUCUUGAACCUCCUUUCUCAGUGGCAAGAACUACUCAAAUCAUCUACGCUGACUACUAUCCCGCGUCGAGUCGAUUUACUUACACCUCUGGACAUCUAUGUCGAUGCCAGCAAGACUAUGCUUGCUUACACCAUCGAACAGAACGGUGAUCCAGUCUUCCGUGGCCAGUUGCCUCUCACCAAGUCCCAAAAGGUAUUCCAUAUCAACACGUUGGAGCUCUUGAGCAUCUACCACGCUUGUUCUCGUGUUCGUCUCUUUGAACUUGAUGUUGGUGCAAUCUUUGAACAUCUCAACCUCCACUGCGACUCCGUUACUGCUUUGGCUGUGGUGCGUCACCAUCGUGUUCAUACUGGGGUCCAAGAAGUCUACUGCCGACAAUAUUUGACUUUGAUUCAGCAACUACUGGGUGCUAGGCAUCUCAAUUGCUUUCAUAUUAAAGGAGCUGAUAAUCCGGCCGACGCUGGAACUCGGUGUACCUUAUUCAAUGACAUUGUUACUUGCCGUGCUCAUUAUGAUGUUGCAUCCGUUAGCGAGCUACCUGCCACAAACGAGCAAGCAUGUCAGGUCCGCAAACGCGACGACUUCUCCGCGGAUACUGAGAACGACUCGUCUAUUGCUAGUCGUGUGAAGGCCCGUCGUACAUCCACGAUCUCCUCAGCAUCAUCCCAAGCAUCUCCUCCUGCUGCUAUCUCGGACCCAGCUGAAGCCACAACUGUAUCUACUGUAUCGGCUCUCACUCCGCCUUGGUCUUCAGAUUAG